GCGCAGUUCAAAUUUCAUUUUGGAUGUUAACGUAGACGGCACAAUUUCCGAUUUUGGUGCCUACGACGCGCUAAACGUAGUCAGCGAGCCGCAGUGCGCUUAGCCAGUGGACUCGUGGCGGCACCUCGCUGCGGCCGCGGUGUAGCCGACCGCAGCGACCAACAGCAGCCGCGUAGUGGAAUGUGUUUUAUUAGGAAAUAAAGCACACAGCAAAGAGUGAGGAUCAUGGCUUCUUUGUGGUGCGUGGAGCUCGCGCUCCGCUUGCGAGCUCCACGCACCGCGUACGACAGCAAAGCUUGGCUGAGAUGUUCACAGCAAUGUAUGCUACCCGCCGACUAUGUUAUUUCACCAAGCCCGAGGGGUGGUUCAGGGCCUCUUUAACGAUGCGUGCCCAGUACUUCCAGGUCACGAAUGGCAUGCGCGCGUUGUCAGCAUGACAUAGCAUUCUUGACAGGAAAUUACCGAACGCAGAGUUUUCAAGAAUGGAAACGUAAGCAAAGCAGAUAAUUGUUUGGGGACAAGAUACGCCCCAAACGGUUUAACUUUUUUUUUUUUUAUGGUGUUUGGGGACAAGGUACGCCCCAAAGGGUCCAAACUUUUCUUAGUGGGUGUAGGUCCUGGAGCGUGUCAUGUCUUGCGCCGCAAUAGCAUACCUGAACUAAGCUUGUUGCUCUGCAACUACUAUACUUGCUGAAUGGUCUACGAAUUAAUCUGCAGCACGCGUGUAAAUUAUUGUUUCGAUCUGGCCUCAAAACAUAGCUCAUACCCACGCGGGGAAUUGGCCACACGGAAGUCGGCCAUAUGGUUCAGUUACGUUCUCACAGGGUCAUCGUUUAAUUCUGGAUAUUGCACGAGCUGAGAGGAAAACGGCAUGCAGCAGUGGGUUGCAGCCAACCAACAGCAGCUCGUGACAGCACGAAAAGCGUACGUGCACGCUCAUUUCCCUAGCUGCACCGCGUUCCUUCCUGCAAACGAAAGACCGUGCGCGAGCAGACGAUGUCGGACCAGCCGCCGACCAAGUACCCCAGUGCGCCCUCAUUACCAACCCAGUCUGAGGGCAAUCCGCAGGAGGCUCCGUGGCAGACGGCACUCAAGUACUUCACCGAGGUCUACGUGAACGGACCCCAGCAGACGCCUCAAGGCGAGCCAUCAACCGCCGCGGGUCCACUCUCAGGCCUGCAAAAGGCCCUCGGCUGGAUGGCCGACCGCGCGCUGGUCCGGACGUCGGUGACCGUCGAAUCGGGCAGCGCUUCCAAUUCGACCACGGCGCGCGACGAACAGUCUCCGCUCUCCAAGGCCCUGGACUACGUGUCCCUCACGGUAUUCGCUCCCGAAAUGCUGCCGUCCAGCGACGCCCGCUCUUCCAUGGGCGUCACUGUCGUGCGACCGCCGUCCCGCUCCUGCCUUCGAGAGGUUCGCUCAGCGCCCAGCAUCCCCUCCGCCGACAGCGCGCGCGCCCGGUCCCUCGCUCAGCGGUACCAGCCUCGACCGUCUGCCCCGCAACUCUCUGCGCCCGCCGUUCGGAACCGGUACCGGCUCAAGCUGGUGCCUUCCGCGGUGCAGCGCAGACGGUCGCCGCAACGCGCCACCAGCACUACCAGCAGGGCCACGCAAAGCGAUGUUUCGCUGCUGUCGUCUCGAAGCGGUCCCCAGUACCACUACCUGAGCUUUGCGGACGGGCAGCCGUCUUGCUGCGUGGUGCUCCCGUCUUCGGCGCCGCCUCCGUACCAAGAGCGCUCAUGCUGCUCGGAGUGCCGCUGCGCUAAUCGCUUCCCGGACCCGCUGGAGAUAUUCCGAACCUUUUCAUUGGCUUAUCGUGCCUUCGGCCUGCAGCAGAACCCGUUCGGAAUGACCAGCCUAUUGCCCUACUGGCCGAUGCCGCAGCAGCCGUACUACUUCUACCCGCCGGGCCCCAUAGUACCGCCAUUCGACACGUGGAUGAGCUCCCGCAGCUCCGAUUCCAGCUGCGUGUGCGAACAGUGCGAGCGGGAGGCGAGGCAGCGCCGACUGGCGCCCGCUAAAGCCGUGCACGACUUCUCGACGCUGGUCCAAGUCGCGCCCAAGGGCAAACGGCCACCACAAAUGCCCAACAUGAAAAGCCUCUCAAAACGCAAAGCGGCAGCAGUGACUUACGCCACACCGAGCAAGCCAUCUGAUGGCGCUGAAAAAGGCCUUGUCCAAGGCACUCAAGGCCCGGAAGUCGCCAAAAUGGAAUCGCAGCUUGUUGGAGAGUCAAUAGAAAGUGAUGCUGACCAGCCUGCUGUUCCUAAAGAUUCUGAGACGGUUCAACAGCCAUCUAACAACCAGCCAGACCAUUCAACAGCCAGGAGUAAGGAGGUGCCCAAAGUGAUGCAAAGUGCAAUAACUGCCACUGCCGAACACACCACUUCGCCCGAGGGACCUAAAGCUACGUCUGCGCCUGUUGCCCCACCACUACAGCCAGCUGAAGCCUUGGCCAAAGUGCAACCUCACUUGGAUGGUGUACUGUCUACAGCACAGCCCCACGCACAACACGGCUCACUUGGACCACAGGUGCAAGGGUCGGCAGGGUCCGUAUCAACAGAGGUAACCACUGUUCACCAUGGCUUGCCAUCCACUGAGCAAUCGGCAGUGGUUGAGGGUUUGCAACCAGGAGUGCACGAGGAAAAGCAACCAGGCACACACGAGGAAAAGCAGCCAGGUGCACAGGACAAAAGGCAAGCAGUUGCACCUGACGAAAAGCAACCAAGUGCACAAAAGGAAAGCCAACCAGCUGCAAAGCAACCAGCAGCACAAGAAAAUCAACCAGAUAGACAUGAGGGAAAGCAAGCAGAAGCUGAAGUCUCCCCUCUUGAUCCUAACGUUCUCCCAGGGCAGCAGUCUGACACCAGCCAAGACCCUGCAACAGCAAGUAUGGCUGCAUCACCCAAGCAAGGACCCAGUGUAACACAGCCGUCCGAGACUCAUUUGUCUGUGCCGCAGCCUUCCAACUUACAAGCAACUAUACCGGACCAUUCUACGGCCGAAUUUUCACCGUCACCGGUGACCGUGAAGUCUAUGCCAGAUGUGGACACGUCACCAGUGACCGUGAAGUCUAUGCCAGAUGUGGACACGUCACCGGUGACAGUGAAGUCUAUGCCAGAUGUGGACACGUCACCGGUGACCGUGAAGUCUAUGCCAGGUGUGGACACGUUACCACCAUCCAACGUGCCGCGAUCUGACUCUCUAUUACCCGACAGCAUUCCAGAGACCAACGCAGAGCCACUACAGCCCGAGGAUGGUAUGCAGAAUGCUCCAGAAGAGGGCGAUAAUGAAGGCAUGAUGGAAGGUCCCAUUGCCACCGGUACUACCGCGGCUGCAGUUGUGCAUGACGGCGAUGAUUCUAGCGAUGAUCCGUCAGAAAAGAUAAAUGCUGCCGACAAUGAAGAACCAAGUAUGGCCGAUACCAUCUCGAAGCGCUCGAAUCAGAGUGAAGAAGCUGGGGAACUCCAUGAACACCAGGACGACUCGAGCAAUGCAGAACACAUUGUGGACAUGUUGCAACCGGAUUUUCCAACAUCGAACGAGCAAGCCAUCAAUAUCGAGCCAGCUGCUGACGUUCAACCGGCUCACGGCUGACGGUGCCAAGCCAGAUAAGGACGCAGCCCAUGCUGAGCAAGGCGACGAAAAGCCUCCCGAGACUGACGCCGUCGGAGCAUCCACCCCAAACAACUUCAACUGGCACCAUCAUGGGCUGCGCGUGUCUCCUUGUGGUUUUCAUCAUCCUAGUGGUGGUCUACAGCCUCACGUCGUCUACUGCCCCACUCCCAUCAGAAAACGCAGUCACGGAAACGCCGCAGGCUACUCUCAUGUUUGAUAUAGAACACUACAACGGCUCACGCAUCAUGGCAGACGAAGAAGAGACAACCCAUAUAAAUCCAUUGGACUUUUAGUGGAGAUGCCGGGAAACAUCAACCAAUAAUGAUGCAAGGCAGUGCAUCAUUUCUUAAUAGUGCACGGAUAUUCAAU